AGUAAAAAAAAAAAUGUCUUAUGAGCCAAUGGACGAGAUGGAUUGGGAAGAUCUCGAGUUAUUGGAGAGUUUGGAGAGAGAACUCACCCCAUGGGAGAGCACAUAUCUAGACGAGCUCCAUGAACGAAGAAAUCGAGAAGAGUACGAGCGACAACUCGUAGAAGGUCGGGGAGCAAUGGAGGGUGAAGUUCAAAACCGUGAAGAUGAUGGUGCGGUUAAUUUUCUAAUCCUUGAGGACAAGGAAAGUCUUGAAGAGGAGGGGAAUGAUACGGAA